AUGAAUAUUCUUACGCAAAUAGAUGAUGUCUUUACAAAUUAUAUAAAAAUUCAUGGACCCACGGAAGUAGAUUCCUACUGGGAUGAGGGAAUUGUGGUUAACAAGUACAUCCAUUUGGGAACUGGGAGAGGAAAAAUUGCAGAAAAUGGUGCAGGAACAAAUGACAAACCAAAUUUCCAACAAAAUGGAGCCCAGAGCCAUAUUGAUUUAGAGGGAGAAAGGAGAAAAGACCUAGAGAAUCAUAAAUCGAUGAAUGAAACGCAUGUUACGAAAAAAGAACAAAAUGAGGUAUAUGAAAAAAUAUUCGCCGCCUCAAAUUUAUGCGAUGAAAAAAAUUCCACUUUGGGAGAAAUAGAUUCAAAAAAAGAAAAUCUAUCUUCUAGUAACGGCAUGAUUGAAGAAUGCUUGUGCUUAAAUAAAAUUAAUAACUUGGAUGAACUUAAAGAUAUAGCAUUAGUCAGAUGGACAUGCAUGGUUCAGCAGAUAAUUUCUCCUGAAAGUUAUUUAGGAAUUUAUAAGUUAAUAAAUAAAAAAAAUGGACAAAUUAUUUUAAAGAGCUCAAAAUAUAGGGACUAUAUUGAUACAGAUGAAAAUUGGGAAAUAAUUGAGGAUGAUGAAAAAAGAAAUAUUGAUGAAUAUUAUGAAUCAAAUUACGAACAGUACUGCAAUAGGGAGAACCAGGAGGAUGCAAUAAAAAAUAAAAUUAAUCAAACGGAUGAUAAAAAUAUUCAACUAUGCAACAAUUUAAACCUCACAAGAGCAGGAAAAAACGAAAACAAUAAUGGAUAUGAUGAAUUAGAUCAAAAAAUGUCGCCACAAAAUAAUUAUCACACAAAAAAAGAAGAUUAUAUAAUGCAGAGUAAAAAUGAUUCUAUACAGAUAUGUGGAAAUGAUAAUAAUUUUAAAAAAUAUUGGAAAAGAUAUUUAUUUUUAUGUACCAACAUUCCUGGAAAUAAAAGUUCUUGGUGUAAACAACUGUGUGACUAUUCUUCAUAUAACAGCAGCUGUGAGAACUUUUUAAAAAGUAUAAAUGAUGUUAGGAAUGUUUGUUCUUAUACGUCUAUGUCCCACUCUUGUGGUUUAAUUAAAGACAAUUAUAAAUCCAAUGAUGGUUCUCAUUAUCCCAUUGGUGGCUCUCAUUUUCCCACUGAUGAUGUACAGAGUUCGAGGGAAACGAUAUGCAGCAGUGAUUUUGAAGCGGAAGAAGAUAGGGCAAAUGAUCAUCCUACUGAUAGUAGCUUAAUAAACAUGAAUCCAAAGGAUGAUCAAAAUGAACAGUCUUAUGACUCACAAAAAAAGAACAAAAUAAGAUGUAUAAUAAAAAUAUACGAUGAUAAUAGUCAAUACAACGGGAAAAAUGAAAAUAAUUUUUUAAAACUGAAUGACAUAAUUGAAAUUAUCGGAAUUUAUCGCAAACAUCAAAUAAGGGAUUAUGAAGAUUGUGAAAAAAAUUUUAAUUUUUAUUUUUAUUAUGAUCAAAACUUUUUAAAAUAUCCAUGUAUUCAUGUAUUUCAGUAUGUCAAAAUAAACUAUUUUAAUCCUUUAAGUAGUUGUAUAUUGUUUAAAAAUGAAUUGUCCAAUAUUUUGGAAAACGGCCCUUUUGGCACCAUCAGCGAGUUGAGGAAGCACCUUCUUCUACACAUUUCAAACAGCUUUUCUCAUGACUUGUUGGUUGCUCAUUACUUUUUCUUUUAUUUGUGUGGAAGUUACAUUAAAGAAAGUAAACUAAAACUAGGUAAAAUUAGUCUCAAUAUUUUUAACAUUUCAAAUGAGGAAAAUAAGAAAAAUGUACCAGACUUAACUGCAAAAAUGGAAGAGACACCCAAGAAAAUUACGAACGAAGUAGCCAAUGACACAAACGAGAAUAUAACACAAAGUUUGAAAAAUUAUGAACAUAAAAAAGGGACAAAAGAUAAAAAAGUACAAUGUAUAUCAAGUGAAACAUUAAAAAUAGUAGAAUUUACUCCAAACGAAUUCCACAAAAAGUGUGAAAAGGAUUCAGAGAUGAAGGGAAAAUGUAAAAAGGAGAAAAAAAGAGACUACCCAUGGCAUGUUCACAAAAUGAACACUAUGAUUAAAAAUUUAGUACCAUUGUAUAGAUAUAUUCCACUUUCUAUAGAAAAGUUAAGCAGUGAAUAUUUAAUGUCUGUAAUGAAUCAUGAAAAUGGAGAAUUGAAAAAAGGAAAAUUGCAAUUAGCAAAUAAUACGUAUUUAGUUUUUGACGAAUGUUUAUUAGAAACGGGAAAACUUAAUAACAUAAGUACAAAAAAUUUUCUUUGUAUAGAAAGGUUAAUUACUUCUCAAGAAAUUGCAUUUAUUUUUAACACAGAUAUUACAUUCGAAACGCAAAAUAAUAUUUUAAUCUUGUCAAAAAAAAAGUCCAUGUUUGUAAAUUAUGUGGAUAUACCUAUCCCCAUAUAUCACAAAAGAGGAAAGGGAUAUAUUCCUAAAAAUCAAAAUGCAAUUAGUUUGAUAAACAAAACAGAAGAAAAUGAAAAUGAAAAAAACAAAUUAAAUGAAGAAAACAUUUCCAAGAAUGGUAAGCAAAAGAAUGAACAAAACACGGAAGGACGUGCUGAUGAUGACACAGAAAAUUGUUCCAAUACAAAUGAAUCUGCAAGUAGCACUAGGCCAAAAUUUUCAACUGAAUUUAUUAACACUUAUAAAAAUUACAAGCCUAAUGAAAACGAAUUAAUGCAAUUUAGAAGAUACAUAAAUUAUAUAUUGUCAAAAAAUCAUUCGGCAAAAAUCCAUCCAAACAUAACAACAUACAUUACGGAUUCAUUCGUGUCUCUUCGACAAAAAGGCAAGGAUAUAAACCAGUUUGUUUUAAACUCUUGGAUAUGCAUGGCUAGAAUUUUAGCCUUUUCAGAUGGGUCUGAUGAAAUAAAUAAGGGUCAUUGGGACUACAUCAUGAAGCUAGAAGCAGAGAGGAGACUCAGGCUUAGUCACCUCGAUGUUCUCUACGUUUAG